AUGGGGUCCGAGCUGAGAUACAGAGUAGCAACAAACGUGAUGGAGAACGCGAGUGCAGCACGUUUAGCAAUGGAAUCAGAAACGAGGCUUCAAUGCUCGAAAAGUCAGACGGAAUCGUCGAAGGUGGAGGUGAAACGGGAGGUUAAGGAGAGGAGGAAAGCGAGGUCUGGGUCUGGGAUGAGUGCGAACGAGCGGAUCUCUCGAGUUGACAGGUGUAGCGUUGCGGUGUCGAGCGUUUUGCUUGCAGUGCUGUUCUGGGCGAACAAGAACUUCGAUAGCAGAUAUACUGAUAAGUUUUUGAAGCUGCAAUACGAAUACGAGACGAGCCGUGGCAGCUACGACAUUGGGGUUGACGAUGUGUAUAUUGUGUUGACGUUCAUUGUUGUGUUUUGCUUGAGCCGUUCGUUUUUGCUUGAGUUUAUGCUGAAGCCCGUUGCUAGGAAGAGAUUUGGGUUGACGAGUAACAAAGCGUUGCAACGGUUUGGGGAGCAAGGUUGGUCGUUGGUUUAUUACACGUUUUCGUGGUCUGUGGGCUUUUACUUGUACUACUACUCGCCAUACUUUUUGGAUAUCGACCACAUUUACCAGGGCUGGCCACAUGAUAGGAUGUCAGGGCUGUUCAAGACGUACUACCUGUUCCAGAUUGCUGCGUGGUUCCAUCAGAUCAUCGUUCUGAAUGUGGAGGAGAGACGUAAGGACCACUGGCAGAUGUUUGCGCACCAUAUCAUAACCGUGGCGUUGACCACUGGGUCGUAUUAUUACUACUUCACGCGCAUUGGCCAUGUGAUACUUAUUUUGAUGGACAUUGUGGACGUGAUGCUUUCUUCAGCCAAGAUGCUCAAGUACUGCGGGUUUUCAACGCUGUGCGAUGUAAUGUUCGUUGUAUUCUUGUUCUGGUGGAUCAUGCUGAGACACGUUGCUUACAAUUAUAUCGUUUACCGGUCCGUGUCGAUAAUCGACGGGCUGCUAGAUGGAAGCAGGUGUGUCGCCGGCGUGGUGCAGAAAAGAUGUCUGACACCAGUGGUGAACAACACAUUUAUUACGUUGCUCUGCGGGCUGCAGGUCAUCACGUGUAUCUGGAUGUAUCUGAUCCUGAAGGUGUUUGUGAAGGUCAUCACGGGCACUGGUGCAGAGGACGUCCGUAGCGACGGCGAAGAGAGCAGCACCAGCGAGGAAACCAGCGACGAUAUAGAACUCAUGGAUGAGAAGGAGGAGGAUGAAGAUUAA